UGAAAAAUUGAGUGUAGCUUUAGUCUAAUUGAGAUUUAAAACACGUUACGUGUCACAUUAUCUAUAAUCUAGAUUUUCAAUAGAGGUAAAACCUCCUUUUAGCCUCAUUGUUUUUCUACACUUAGCCGUAAUUUCUUUUUGGUAGUGUAAUUGACAUCCGUUAUUAAAAUUCCCGAUUGUGUUACUCACAGUACAACAUUUGCCUAUUAGAGCAAGCGGUAAACCAUGUAAUAACACUAUAUCUUAUUUAUAAAUUUAUGAUGGUUUAUAUUAUCCGGAUAAUUGAUAAGAUAACAUUUGUGUUUGGGCCCUUAUGCAUAUUGCCUCUAAUAUUAACACUUCCAGGCAGCGAGGGCGACCACACGGUUUAUAAAAUGGGCGACAAAGCGCGCUGUAUUACAAACAACGAGCCGUGAUCGAGUAUCUGAAAAUAUGCACGGCAUCAAGUUGUUUGUCAGCAACGAUUUGAAACAGAACAAUGUAUGGGGGGCUUACAAUAAGACGGAGCCGCUGGAAGGAGCCGUCAACGUGUCGAAAGUGAACCAAUCUGUGUACUCGUCCAGCGAUGACGAGUACAUAUUUGAUAGAACGGAUGUUAGAGCCAUAUUCAUCACUUUGUAUACGAUCGUGUUCUGUUGCUGUUUUUUCGGCAACUUGCUCGUCAUCCUCGUGGUAACUCUCUCGCGGCGGCUCCGCUCCAUAACCAACUUCUUUCUGGCGAACCUCGCCGUGGCAGAUUUAUGCGUUGGUGUGUUUUGUGUCUUCCAAAAUUUGACUAUCUAUCUUAUACCGAGCUGGGUGUUCGGCGACUUCCUCUGCAAAAUGUACCAGUUCGUACAUUCCCUUAGCUACACGGCGUCUAUAUUCAUUCUGGUGGUGAUAUGCACGGAGAGAUACUUCGCUAUUAUACACCCUAUCACGUGCAAACAAAUCCUCACUUCAACGAGACUUAGGUUGGUGAUUCUCGGGGUGUGGAUCACAAGCGCGGCGUACAGCGCACCUAAGUUCAUUUGGGUGGAGACCAUCACCAACGACCUUGGUGACGGACAUAUGGAAACCAUAUGUAUACCUCAUCGAAGGAAAUACAACUCGGAACUCUUCGACAUGGUGAACUUCGGACUACUGUACGUGACUCCAUUGUGCGUCAUGACGGUACUAUACACUAGGAUCGCAGUGGGUCUGUGGCAGAGUUCCCAUGCGCUCCAGCAUCUGGAGCGUGUGCAGUGCUGUGCGACGCAGUACCAGCGUGGAGAGAAGCCAGGCCCUGCUGCCUACGAGCCGCAACAAACCUUCGUUGGCACUACCGAUGACAAGAAAGUGGUGACGAUGAGCAGCGUGGGCAAGUCCAGCACGCCGAAGGCUCGCAGCCACGAGACACGCAACUGCCACCACCUGAGCCACCUCUCCCGCAACGUGCUGCGCGCGCGCCGCGGCGUCGUGCGCAUGCUCAUCGUCGUAGUCCUCACCUUCGCCAUAUGCAACUUGCCAUUCCACGCACGCAAAAUGUGGCAGUACUGGUCCAGCGGCUACGAAGGCUCCAGUGAUUUCAGCACGCUCCUCACACCGCUCACUUUCCUCAUCACUUACUUCAACUCAGGCAUAAAUCCACUUCUGUACGCUUUCUUAUCUAAGAAUUUCAGGAAAGGCAUGAAAGAGUUACUUUUCUGUAACUGCCAUGGGAAAAGGAAAAGUGAGAACCUAAUUUUAUUGAACCCAGUGGGUGGUGUGGGGCUGCGCAGGAGCUCGACUCGCUCGACCCGCGCCAACUGCAGCACUGUCACCAUAGCCCCCAACGGAGAGUCAUGAGACAUGCGUCGGCGGCGCUUCCUGUAUAAGGUGGAAAAUAUCGAUAUUUCCUGAUUAACGGAGAGCACCGACGAAGUGACGGAUAGCAGCGGCUUCUACACUGUCUCUACCAUAUCUAGGCGUGAUUUGUACGACUAAGAGACAGAGAGAGAGCAUCCGAACACUAACUAGUGAUAGAAAUAAGACUCGUUAAGAACUUCUUAGUGAAUUUCGCCGACUGGCAACACAAACAAAUUGGAGUGCGAGUGUGUGUGAUGUAAACAUGGUGAUCUCACGAGCUUAAAGCGUGUUUGUUGUUAGAUUAACUAGUGCUUGUAAGUGAGUCGAGAACCAACGUUCGUAUGAUAUUCUUUUAAUUGAAUACUUGAUGACUUGCUGUUGUAUUUUCUUAACGUCGUUGCAAUAAUGUAUUAGAUAAUUGUGGAGUACUUACUUCAACACUACUUGCGACCAGUUUAAAAAUGAUUAGAUUUUAAGAAUUAUAUACGCAUGUUUCUAUCCCAUUUUUGUUACUCCCAAAACCAUUUUUUUUUAUUCAGUCAUGUCUUUUUUUUUCAUGUCAUAAGUAUAUUUUUGAACCCGGUUAAAGUAGCAAAGUGUAGCAUAAGAUGUAAAGAAAUUAUCAGAUAAAUGCAAUGUUUCUCUUGUAUUAAAAUGGAUGUGAAUACUGAAUUUACACCUAUAACAGCAGCCCGUCACUUCAGGAGAAAUGAUCAUACUUAAACGAUUCUUAAGUCAAGGUAUAUGUCAUCAUAUUAAUAUCUUGAGCUCGGGUUUUGGAAUCCAAUAUUUAUGUUCAAUAAUACUUAGGCUUACCCCGCUAUCGCCAGCAGCAGAGGUAGGCUGCACACUUGUCAUCAUAGAGGUAAUACUAGGGGCGUGAUAGCUGACAAUAUUAAAAUAACAACUACAAAUAUUACACGAUACGAGUAUCUUAUAAGCUACGUAAAAUAACAUUCUAGUCGCAUAAAGAUUUGAAUAUCAAAAAUGUAUAAAUUAAAGUAUUAAUAAAACUUAAA